AGGGUCCUUAAUAAUUAUAAUAACAAUAAUAAUAAACUGAUGAACGUUUCCAAGGCAGCGACAGUUCAAAUCGAUGAGAAAAGCGCUAAAGAUUGCGUUUAAAUGUCUUCCGGAAUUAAUUGUCGUGAAAUUUUCGUAUUUUUGGAAAUUUUGAUUUGGAAUCAAGCAAAACAGAGAAAUCGACAAAACAAUGAGCAUAGCAACAACAACACCAGCAACAGCAGUAACGAAACAACAACAACAACAAGCAGUAAUAGCAACAACAACAACAAACAACACAAUAAAAAUCACAGCAACCGAAGAAGCAACAGCAACGCAGUGAAAGUGAUAAAGCAGCAGAAGCAACUGCCAAAAACAACCAAAAACAAAACUUCAAACAACUAUAAUACCAAUAACAACAAUAACAACAAUAAUAGUAACAGUAACAGCAACAGCAACAACAACCACAAUCUGCAAAUACUGCAAAAGGGUUAAAGGUCGUUCGUUUCGAAUUAAUAGGAUAUUCAUACAAAUCAUAGAAAAUCGCUUUAACUAAACAAUUAAAAAACAAAA